UACCGCGUUUUGUUUUAUCAUCACGGUGCCGUAAUGAGAAGCGCACGGGUCUUCUGUGGAUUCCCUUGAUUGACAGAUCGCUGCAAAAUAAUUAAAACAUUUUUUUUUGCGCAGUGGCAUUGUAGAAAAGAUGCAUUUGUGAUUUUUAUUUAAUUUAUUUUUUGGUAGAAAGCAUCCGUUUCCGACUACAGCUAUGUAGUUUCUACUUCUGUGCCUUUUAUAAUUAGUUAAAAUUGCAUUUAACUUGCAUCUGCAUUGCAUUGCGUUACACGGUUGUGCUGGGCUGUGGAGCUGGAGGAAGUAUGGGACUGCCUGCGUUAGAGUUCAGCGACUGCUAUGUGGACAGCCCUCAGUUCCGAGAGAGGCUGAAGUCUCAUGAGCUGGAAUUAGAGAAGACCAAUAAGUUCAUCAAGGAGCUGAUUAAGGAUGGGAAAGCUUUAAUUCAAGCCCUGAAAAAUUUGUCCACUGCGAAGAGAAAGUUUGCAGAGUCACUGAACGAGUUUAAAUUCCAGUGCAUUGGCGAUGCAGAAACAGACGAUGAGAUAUGCAUUGCCAAAUCACUACAGGAGUUUGCUGGAGUCUUACAGAACCUGGAAGAUGAGAGGACACGAAUGAUUGAAAAUGCCAGUGAUGUGUUGAUCUUGCCACUGGAACGUUUCAGGAAGGAGCAGAUAGGAGCUGCAAAGCUCUCUAUAGUUUGCUGUGUAUUCAUUAAACCGUUACUCUGCCUCAAUAAAAUGUUUGAGUUUGUGGAGCCGUUGCUGGCUUUUCUACAGGGUCUGUUUACAUAUUAUCAUCAUGGGUACGAACUGGCCAAAGACUUCAACCAUUUCAAGACAGACCUCACAAUCAGCAUUCAAAAUACGCGGAACCGGUUCGAGAGCACACGUUCAGAGGUGGAAUGUUUGAUGAAGAAGAUGAAGGAAAACCCACACGAACAUAAGAGCAUCAGUCCACACACAAUAGAAGGAUACCUGUUUGUGCAAGAGAAACGUUCCUUCGUGUCCACAUGGGUGAAGUACUACUGCAUCUAUCACCGAGAGCCCAAACGCAUGACCAUGAUGCUGUUUGAUCAGAAAUCUGGGGCCAAAAAUGGAGAUGAGGAAAGCUUUACGCUCAAAUCUUGCACCAGAAGGAAAACAGACUCCAUUGAGAAAAGGUUCUGUUUUGACAUUGAAGCCGUGGACCGGCCUGGCAUGAUCACCAUGCAGGCGCAGUCAGAGGAAGACCGCAGACUCUGGAUGGAAGCCAUGGACGGAAGAGAACCGGUAUACACCCUGAAUCGUGACAGCCAGAAUGAAGCUAUGGCACAAUUAGAUGUCCUCGGCUUCAACAUUGUCAAAAAAUUCAUCUAUGCCAUAGAAACCAGAGACCCCAAAACUUGUGCAGAUGUGGAGCUGAACAGCACAGAAUGGGAGAUCAAGACCAUCACCAGUGCAAUAAAGCACUACCUCAGGAUGCUGCCGGCCCCUCUCAUGACAUACCAGUACCAGAGGAGCUUCAUCAAAGCAGCCAAACUGGACAAUCCCGAGGCGAGGGUGGCAGAGAUCCACUCCAUAGUGCACCGUCUCCCGGAGAAGAACCGCCAGAUGCUGGAGCUUCUCAUGAAACACUUGGCUAAAGUGGCCAGUCACCACCUGCAGAAUUUGAUGACGGUUGCUAACCUCGGCGUAGUGUUCGGCCCCACACUCUUGAGGCCUCAGGAAGAGACUGUCGCUGCAAUCAUGGACAUCAAGUUCCAGAACAUUGUGGUAGAAAUCCUAAUCGAGAACCACGAACGGAUUUUCAAAGACAUGCCAGUGUCUGGAGGAGGGCAGGGCAACUCCCAGCUCAACCUGCCCAGGCGGAGGAGUGCAGACAGCAAGGCCCCGUCCUGCAGCGAGAGACCCCUCACUCUUUUCCACACCCCCUCAUUUUCAGAGAAAGACAAAGCAGUGGAGAAGAGGAACAGUAUGGUUGUAAACUCCAGUGCAGACUUGUCAUCAGUAAAUUGCAACAGCACACUCAGCUGGACUCGACUCGACAGCCUGCCCACUGGAGACGGAGACCACGAUGGGCUUCAGCUGCCCAAGCAGAGUCGGCCAAAUUCACUUCAAAAUCCAAAGGUUCGCAGCAGUAUAUCGACAAGCCCGGCUUCACCCAGUCCCACCUCACCACGCUCCCCCUCGUGGCCGAUGUUCUCUGCCCCCUCCAGCCCCUCCAGCGAAUCCUCCCCCGUCAGUCCUCCGCCACGAAAGGCACGUGCACGAUACGCCUGCAAAGCUGAACAUGACUCUGAGCUGUCCUUUAUCGCAGGCACCAUAUUCGAGAAUGGUAAGUUCCCAACAGCGGGGUCUCCAUUUUUAGCCCUCAGUGUACUGGGUAUAUCUGGUUAGUUAAGCAGGUUUGAGUCUUGAGAGUCGGCAUAAGAGCAGCAAACUGAGAUCUCUGCUUUGUUCCACCUUUUGCCCUUUAACAGGUUAUCAGAGCUCCAAGCUGCCGCAGUUUGACACUUGACACCGCUUAGCAGUAGAUCAGAUUAUUGUUUAAUGAAACCUCAGGCGUGU